AGGGAAGUAAUUGGCGGAAAAAAGGUGGAAAACAUGGCGAACUUCAUGCAGUAAUUUUUGUCAGACAUUGCAUUUAGUUCUUAGAAAAGCUUGCGAUAAGCCUUAAACAGUACAUGGUGUGAUCAGAAGACCAUGUCCUUGCCACUGGAGUCAAACUCGGGCUUUCUUUAUGGAUGCAAGAACUCGUUGUUCAUCCAAGCAGCUUUUUCGUCACCCUUGGCUUCGAUCCAAACCACAAUGCAUGAUUUGACGAAACUUUUUUGUAUAUCCCGAAGUCUUACUUCUUCUCGGCUUUCUUUGCAAACAACAUCGUAUUUCAGAUGUCCGUUGAUCUAUAAAAGAAUGUUAAAAAUGCCCGCCGAAGACAGCAGUGGUGUGGAAUUUCCGAAUGCAAUUCAGAAAAGAAGCCUUUGUCAUUCUCAAAUCACAGCAGAUGAAUUAUUUGAUUAUGGGAGAAAACUUGUCACCGAAUUAAUUCAUCAAAAUACACCAGAGAUUCUUCAAGAAAGCGAGCUGUUACGAGUCGUUAAAUCAGCGUUAGGUUUGUCAUAUUGUGAUCAAAGAUGUUCCAAGACUGACGACGAGGGUGCAACCAGCUUUUCUUGGAACGACAAGGAUAGUAUUGCAAGUGCCUUCUGGCAUUUCGGAGAGGAAAAAUGGAAGGAGGCAGCUGAAAAGAUUUCAAUGUAUAAACCAGAGAAGGUGAUCCAUGAUGCAGUUGAGGUAAGCUUGUAGUAGGAGAAAUAAUAGUUUUUAAAAUUUAUUUUGACGUCUUUCUAUAACACUAUAAACUAAACACUUUGUUCUACAGACCAACAGUAAUGGCGGUGUUUAGAUAAUGGCUAAGUUGUAGUUAGCUCAGUCUACCGACAAAACAAAAAAUUUGCCGGUUUAGUCACUCUUUAUUUUAACAAACAAACCAUUUAGCUGUUUAAAAUUAAUGACCAAAUUUCACCUUUCAAUUUAGCUAAAUUUAUUGUUUGUUAGAAUACAGAGUGACUUAUCGGCUAAUCUAAUGGAGAGCUUGAACAGUCAUUACCUGUGGGGGAGGGGGGCACUCCCUUAUGUAGCCUCCGAUGUAGACGUUCCUUUGGCUCAUCAAACAGUCCUUCCCCUUUGUGGGUAAGAAACGUGUGACAAAAUUCUAAGAAUGUCUGCAUAGGAGGCUAGUACGUGCUACUUAACAGGGUAUGUUUUGCGGUAUAUGUUUUAGUAUUUUAGUGUCUUGAACAGAGUGUCUUUCUCGUCCAGAAGCCCUUGAUAUUGAGCUGUAGACUCAGUAAUGCAUGCAUGCUUUACAUGUUUGGCAUCAACAAUUUUAAAUCUAAUUCUGUGAUGUUUUUAUGUGUAUACACACUUCUGUAUGUAGAGCUGCGAAUAGAUUAAUAAUCAGCCAUCUGACAAUAACCUACUGAAUUUUUUUUAUAUCAAAUGAAACCCUUCUUGCAGUUCAACAUGAUUACAGUGUACCAGUCUGACAAAUCAAAUCCCAGAGACUCUCACUUUAAAGCUGAAGAUUUGCAUGGUACUUAUCAAUAUUUAAAACGCGAUGUAAUGAAUGCCAAAUUAUCUUUUCGGUCUGCUUGACAAAAUGGUGAUCUGGUCUUCUGCCGUUGCGUGUUACUAGCUUGUGAUUGAAAGGAUACAGUGCAUGUGAGGAAGCUGUCUUUUAUCACAAGUUUUUUUUUUUCAUGUCAGAUUGUCAAUAAAUAAACAAAACUUGUUGCAUUUGUAUAUGUCACAAGGUACACAACUGUACGUUGUAUACUUGUAUGAGAGAACUGUGACUUUAAAAAACUUGAUAAUCAAGAUGUUGACAUGCAACAUCCAUGCCAUAUUAUUGUCACCUAGUCUAUACAGCGACUUUGUUGUUUUGUCACAGAGAAAUACCCAUAUCUUUUCUUCAUCCUUCAUAAUUUCACCGUGUUCACCACUCAAACCAUAGCCAAAUCUGCAUUCUGUAAAACAGACAAGUAGCAAACAAAGCUGUACAUGUACACUGUAGAUCUUGAGAAACAAUAAUGAGAUUGAUGUGUUAAUAAUACUGCCAAUUUAACAAAAAAUGGGCAAAAUGAAAAUGUGUCAAGGCCCAGGAUGAAGGAAAAGUGGUUUUUCAUGUUGCCAUCCUUUUUGUGACUUCAAAUCCAAAAAAAACUUGUCUCUUUCACAGAGUGAUGCCAAUUAAAAGUUAAUAUUGGUCAGAGACAAGGCAUUUCUAUAGCAAAAGUGCCAAUGCAAAGCUAGAGAAAGCUAAUGAGCGUGCCCUUCGUAUUGUCUUUGAUGAAAAACAAACACCCUACUCUGAACUACUUAAUAGAAUAGGUUUACCAUCACUUGUGAAUCUACAGUUUUUGAUGUCAUUAACAAUGAACAUGCAUCAAAGAGCAUCAAAGAUCUUAUCUAACAUAGAAACUGUAAAUAUGACCUCAGGGGAAAUGACAUUUUAAAGCAGUCAAUGGCUAACUCUUCAACUUACGGCCUUAAAAUCGUGGUGAUUUACAGCACUAAAACUUUGGAAUUCUUUACCUGACUCACAAAGAACUAUAGGAUCUUUCAAGGCUUUUAAAAAUAGUAUAAGAAAACUGGACUUAUCAGGUGUAAUAUAAUUAACUACUACUGCAUGUACCACUACUACCAGUUUAUCACAUUGAAAAUAGAUUUAGCUUUUGUCUCAUUUGUGAAAAUUUUCUAGUCUUAUAUAAAUAGUUUUUACAUUAUUUUCAUCUUUUUAAUAAUUUAUUAGUCAUUCUGUAUAUAUUUUAGUUAUAAUUAUCUAUUCAUUUUUCAUUUUUAUUUUUAUCUAUUAAUUAAACUGUGGUGAGUUUUCACAAAAUCUUGGACAUUGCACAAUAAAAAGCUUUCAUUUUUUUUUUUUAUGUUUUGUGCAAAAAAUGGCAACCAUAAUGUUGCACCCUUCAUUAAAAACUGUAUUUCUCCCACUGGACAUUGCCCACAAAAAAUCAUUCACUGCUGUCAAAUAGUAAUAUCCUUGUGCAUGGACCUCAUAGUGCAUUUCAAAGAGUCUUCCAUAACUUUCUUUGUUGCAUACCCACUGUCAUCAAUAUCUCUAUCAUCAACAAAUCAGUUGAAAAAAUAACCUACGAUAUUGAAGGCUUUUUUUGUGCAUUCAGGUUGUUAUCAGAUAGUUGAAUUUGCAUGGUUUCUGCUGCCUCAAAUUUAGAAUUUUCUGCACCCAGUUUCUUCAAAGAUGGUCAAGUUUAAUCCAGGAUUAAACCAAUCAAGGUUUUCUUGUGUGAGAACAUGUUACUCUUGCUUAUAAAAUGCUAUUGAGCCUUUACUUCAAGAUACAGUAAUGCUAUAAACACAAAAUGUGUCUCUAAGCAAUGCAGUGGCCGGUAAAUACAAAAAAGGGAAAAAAAAACUUUAAUCCUGCAUUAGUGCUAAUCUGCAGCCUUUCAGAAACCAGGCCCUAGCUUGUCUGUAAACACUUUCUCUUUGGAUGAAGACAAAAGAUGUAUUAUUGGGAGCUGUUGUUGUUGCUGUUGUCUUCACUUACCUGUGGAUUAUAAUCCUGUUAAAUUCAAAUCACCUGAUUAUGUUUUGAGCAUUGAUGCAAGAUCACAUGCUGUGUACGUGACUUGGUAUUUUGAUCCUCCAAAAUUUCAAGUAUGUCCAAACCCAGGUUUUUUAUUCAUGGCUACAGCUCAUAUAACAACCAUAUUGCAAUAAAAUGGAGGAGCAGUAACAGGACUGUCAUCCUCCUUGAAUCUUUUUCAAAACUUAGAGUUGCUGGCUGAUUUUACUACAGUAGGUAGCUGAAAAAGCUGUCUUGAAUACGUGUACAUGUACAUGUAUACAGACAUGAAAGAUACAAGAUCUUUAUUUUAUACUUAAAACUAGCAACAACAACUUCCCAGUUUUCUGUUAAUAUAAUGCUAGACACUAUGUAUACAUCCUUCACAUGUGAUUCAGUGUUUUAUUGCCAAGAUCAUAUAUCUCAUAAAUAAAGAUUUCAAAAUGAAAUACUACCUGAUUGUACUUGAAAAUGUAAUGCAUUCUUUAUGCAUUGUAUGAUUUUAUUUCUUUAAAUUAAUCAUUUGGUGAACUAUGGUAUUCUAUUGCUCCUCUAUUUUGCAGAUACAAUUUUCCAUAUUUUUUUUCUCUUAUUUAACCGUUAAGAUUAUGUGGAUUUUUGAAGCAUGUAGUAUAUUAUUAACAGAUACAUAAUAUACAGAAGUGUGACCAUGACAUUUGAUGUGGGUCACUAAGUAGUCAUUACCAACACCAGACAUGUGUGAGGUGCAUAUUACAUUACAAACAUAAUAUUAUGAUGGGGCUUGCAAUGAGCACAUGCACAUGGUAAUGAUAAAAAAUGAUUGAUUUGUAAAUAAAAUACACACUGUAGAUGCUAGCAUAUCCCUUGAAAGUCUUCUGAGUUGUUGAUAAAGACAUGGAUAGAUGUAUCCAGCUAGCUUACUGCAAGAAAUUUAGCAUGUGUCAAAGAAUUUCACUGUUUAACAUUAUUAUUGCCAUUGCGAUUAACACUGGAAAGGUCUGUGAAUAGAAAGUUACAAUUUUAAUGUCAAACUUUUUCAUUAGUGUUAGUGUUUUAAACAGGUAAACAUUUGACAAAAUAAGUAAGUGGAGCCUCUACAUGGGCCAGUGAUACUCAAUUUGCUGUGUACGUGAAAUCCUAAUUGUGAAGGCUAGGCAGUUGUUAGCUGUUUGCACAUGUGGGCAAUAUUUUGUAAUAGCAAAUUAAUUAAUACCACAUUUGCACCAAUAAUGUUGUUGUCUUGUAACAGAAUAUUUUCACAACAAAAACUCUUCUUUUUGGGCCUGUUUAUGAUGAGGUGAGCCAGCCAGGUUAGCCUCCCACUAUAAGAUUUUAUUAUUAUAAAUCUUAUAUGACUAAAUUUAUGAUAAGAUUUUAUUAUUUAUAAAUCUUAUAUAACUAAAUUUAAUACCCAGAAUUUUGAGUCUUUCCAAAAUUCCUAGUUCCAACUUUGUUCACUUGUGGACGGCCAGGUUUGAGCAAGUCCCCAAUACAGUUCUCAAUGGUUGCUGUAGUUAUAUUAUUUUUAAAUUUCGACCCUGCUUGCCGUAGAGCUUCCAGCAGCUCAGUGGUAGGAGCAUUAGAUCUAUAAAACAGAGGGUUGUUAGUUCAAAUGCAAAUCUCAUAUGGAGCUUGGAAUUUUCUCGGAGCCUUCCAAUGUUAGAUUUCUCUAUUUCUAAAAAAUACAAUGACAAAAUUAAUUUAUCUGUGCCUUUCAGCUUGUACAAGCAAGAUUUAAGGGUGUAGUGGCCAACAACAUGCUGGUUUCACACAUAUUGGGAGCUGGAGAUUAUCUUACAGCAACAAAACAGAGUAUCAGAAUGGAGGCUGAAAUUCUUUCUCAACUGUUGUGUGACAGGAGAGAUUAUACCCUUGCUUGCAUGACAGAGUUUUGGAAAGUUUACUGUGAGAAUCACACAACACUAGAAACACUGUACAGCUUAAUGAAUGACUGUGUUUUAAGACACAUCCACUGCGAAGGACUGGAGUUAUUUUCUGAGUAUAUCUGGACUAGCAAGCCACAGUACUAUGACCUGGAUUUUUUGGAUAUGAUGAAUUAUCCACAAAUUGGUGAUGAGGGCUUUCAUUUCAUCGAAGAGGAAAGAGUACCACGGAGGUCAAUAUUGAAUAUUGGCAGGAGAUAAAUUGCUGUGUGACUUAUACCUUGAAGUAGGGAUUUUGUGAAGGUUGGUAUCUGUGAGACCGAGAAAACUGUGUGAAUCAGGUGUCUGUUUUAGGAAUAGUUUGACUAUGUGAUUUUAUCAUUAAACACUAUUAAUGACCAAUGGUUCUAAGGGAGUACAGACCACCUGAAGAUUACGAUUGCAGACUCCUCUGGUUACCCACAAUAUUAUUAUUAUUGUAAAAUAAUAACUGUCUGAAAGUGCAGUAGGUCAUUCAGUUUAUUCUCAGUGGUAAUCCAACUUGAUACUGGUUACAUACACUUCACGCAGAGAUUAGGAUUAGCAACGCAGAGAUUAGGAUAUAUUGCGGGCUCCUUUGGUUACCCACAGUUAUUAUUGUAUUCAGUGAUAACUGUCUGAAAUACCGUAAAAUUCUGAAAAUAAGCCCCUCCAUGUAUAAGCCCCUCAAAAUAUAAGCCCCCAAACUUGUAAUGCGAAAAACUAUCUGUUAAAUCGCCUCUCCAUAUAUAAGCCCCCCAGGGGCUUGUACUUGGAAAUUGCCCUCAAAUACAAAGUAAAACAAAGCAAAAACAGUAAAUUUCCUUCCAACUGUAAGGCUAGCCCAAUCGAUUUUAAAAUGCAAAUUUCAUUCCACAGAUAAGCCCGUCCGAAUAGAAGCCCUUCCAAAAAUAAGCCCCUCAAAAAGGGCCUUUGAAAAAUAUAAGCCCAGGAGCUUAUUUUCGGAAUUUUACAGUAGUUCUUUCUCACCUGCAGACAUUUCAGAUUCCCUUUGUUUGAUAUUUUUAGGCCAACCCUACUUGUACACUUAAAGAUUUUUAGUCUGGUGACAAUAUUUUUAUGAAGGACCUGUAGUGAAGCUUAAAAGGUUGUAGCACUCCCUUGCAACAAUUAACCUCAAAAUAUAUCUUAACCUCUGAUGUGUUGUGGGAAAUCCCACAUGAAAGUGCUGUCAGUUGCAACUUGUUUAUGUCUACAGUUAAAUUUGUUUACAUCUUUCAAGCGUUUGGCCGAUCCAGGCCGUAGGCAGUGAACUAAAGAAAGAACUUUAAAAUAACUUUUGUGGUAAGGUUAGCAGAGAAAUUAGAAACAACUAAGAGAUUCAGGGGAAAGAUUCC